GCGGGACUAAGCGUGCUGCCAGUAGCAUUUCAUUCAUCCUCAACCGAUUUAGCAUCGUCACGACCACUUUGACGCAAUCUUUUAUUCUUUUUCUUUAAAAAAAAGAUGAACGCUCGCUUUGAAAUGAUCGCAUCCACCAGUUACAUGAUAAAAGAGUCAUUGAUUCAUGUUUUUCUGUGGCUUUCGUUCGUGUAUUUGAUUACACUUCCCGGGCUGCCUGUUACUGAAGGAGUAUGGCCAAUGCCGCAGACUAUUAGUCAAUUUGACGAGCGGUACUCAAUAAAUCCUCAGGAGUUCACUUUUCGGUAUGCAAAGAAUUCGGUAGCCCAGCCGGGAUGCUCGGUGCUUGACACGGCGUUCAGAAGGUACUUCUCAUUCAUGUUUCCUGGUUACACCGCUGGGAAAGAUAGUGGAACUGACAACCCAGGCAGGCACUCUUGGCCUGAUGAGGAUCUUUUCUCAGUGGUGGUGCGGGUGCGAGAGGGCGGGUGUGAGGGAUACCCCCACGCAGAUUCCAGAGAGAACUACAACCUGAGUGUAUCUGCGUAUCGUGGGGUACUGACAGCUGAGACGGUAUGGGGAGCUUUGAGAGGUUUGGAGUCAUUCAGUCAGCUUGUUUACCAAGAUGACCAUAAUACUUUCUACGUCAACAAGACUGAGAUCUGGGACUUCCCCCGAUUCCAGCAUAGAGGAGUUCUGCUGGACACCUCCAGACACUUUUUACCUGUGAAAACCAUCCUGAAGACCCUGGAAGCCAUGUCUUACAGCAAAUUCAACGUGUUUCAUUGGCACAUUGUGGACGACCCCUCCUUCCCCUUCCAGAGCCUAUAUUUUCCUGAUCUCAGCAACAAGGGCGCGUUCCACCCCAGGACCCACGUGUACACCCGGACUGACGUGAGGCAGGUGAUCUCACAUGCCCGGCUGCAUGGAAUCAGGGUCUUGCCAGAGUUUGACUCACCUGGCCAUACCCAGUCCUGGGGAAAAGGCUACCCCAAUCUGCUGACCCCUUGUUACCAUGGCGGCAGCCCCGAUGGAAGGUUCGGUCCGGUCAAUGCCGCUGCCGGCUACAGCUACAAGUUUAUGGCCCGCUUGUUUAAGGAGGUCAGAGAUGUCUUCCCUGAUCGCUACGUUCACCUUGGAGGAGAUGAGGUGGACUCCACCUGCUGGAAGUCCAAUCCUGACGUCAGGGUGUUCAUGUCCAAGAUGGGAUUUGGGAGCGACUUUACUAAACUGGAGUCAUUCUACAUGGAAAACAUCGUGAACAUGACUGCCGCUCUGAACAAGACGGCCAUCGUCUGGCAGGAUGUCUUUGACUACCAGGAGAGACCCAGAACUCUGUCAGUGGUGGAGGUGUGGAAGGGGGGCUGCUACCUGUGUGAGGUUCGCAAGGUGACCCGGGCAGGUAUACGGGCCAUACUGGCCUCGCCCUGGUACCUGGACCAGCCCGGGCCCACCCAUGACUGGUCCCGUUACUACAAUGUCCGACCACUUGCCUUUACCGGCUCUGAGCAGCAGAAACAGCUGGUGAUUGGUGGAGAGGUCUGUUUAUGGGGGGAGUAUGUGGAUGCUGCCAACCUCUCGCCUCUGCUCUGGCCGAGGGCGAGUGCGAUAGCUGAGAGGCUCUGGAGUGAUGAGGAGCAGACCUCCAGUGUGACCAGAGCCUUCCCCCGCCUGGCAGAGUUUCGCUGCAGGCUGCUGAGGCGUGGGGUUCGGGCAGGGCCUUUGGCAGUAGGCCACUGUCGGGAGGAGUACCAGGAUGUGUGACAGUGAUGUGAAAAGAGAUGAGGACACAGAGAUGCAGGAUACCGGCAGACUGACCCUAUUUACAAAGCACACUCUGAUUUGAUAAGGCUUUUCGGGGUGGGUUUUUAUUCUGUGCAUUCAGGGGCUUGAUUGACACUCUCUGCCUCUGAUGUGUGUUAAGUGCUCCGGAUCAUAAUGGCUGCAGUGCCGCGCCCACACAGGUUUGGAUGAGGUUCUCCCUCUGGAAGGGAGAUCCCUGGACAAACGGUAUUGUGUUAA